CGCGUUGCGAUGCUCGUCAGUUUGAGUGGAUCACGGUCACGCAACGCUGCUGCUAUCGCGUCUUUUUCACACACAAACCUGUGUCCACUGUGGGAUUAACGUACACGCGUGUCUCUCUCUCUAUAUAUAUAUGUGUGGGAAUAUAUCGCGUGUCUCUGUGGGAAUAUAUCGCGUCUCUAUCACUGCAGGUCUGAUUUCCUGACCCGCACGUUUUGAUGGAUCUCCGUCGACCCGUCUGCUUCCGUCCAGCAGCGAUGCAGCAGUGAAGUCCGGCCGGACGGGAAGUCAGGGGUCUACGUUAAAAUGUCUGCGUGUGCUGAGUUUGCAGAGCACGUGUGGAAACCGGGAUCCUGUAAGAACUGCUUUUAUCCUCGCAGUGCCCACGGGCAGACCGGCACCAUCUGUGUCAGAAACAGUCUGCUCGUGGAGGACGAGGAUGGGUUGAGCUCUCCGUCACCUUACAGCAAACCUACCAUCGCCGUCAGACCCACUAUGAUGAACAUGGACGUCACCACCACAGACAUCAACAUGAACAUGGAGCAGGCCGGUCAGAUCAGCUCUGUGGGAUUAAAGAAAGAUGUGCAUUCAGCUCCUCUGUACAUUGAUGGUAACGGAUGCCACAGGACUCUGUUUCUUCAGAACAACAUCUCUGGGAAGAAGGAAUUUUCCAGCAACUUCUCCUCAAACCUUUCACCCACAGGUUUCUCCAGAGACUGCAUGAUUAUCAGUGACAUAUGUGUGGGUCAAGAAGACGGCCGUUUGAGAGGGAACGGUGACCUCUGCAGACCGCAGACCAAAACAAUCCACAGCACUUAUGAAAAUGGAGAUCCACAUCUUCACACCGCAACCCAAAGAAACCUGUCGGCAGAAAGCAGUGAUGGAGUUCAUCUCAGGUCAUCUGUGGAGGAGAGUCGAGCACCUCGGGGAAUUGUUGUGGAUUCUGAAACCGCACCGGGGAAUGGACUCGACAAAACCUCUCAACAGACAACGAGUACCUCACCAUCUCCUACAAGAACUCCAGACUCUCGUCGUGAAAGCCUGUCGGAUCUGUGCUCCAAUCGUAGCAGCAUGGAUUCAUUAACUGGACUCCCGAGCCCUCAGAACUCUCCGGGUUCUGGCAGCGCUCUACCGAACGGACUCGGUGAGCCCAUCUAUGCCGAGAGCACCAAGAGGAAGCGACGACCACCGGAAGAUGAAAAGACUCGAAGGUCUCCAUUGGAGAUCUGUGAAAAUCAGCGGGCAACUAUCACGGUCAUGGCCGCUCACACAGAAGAAAACAACUGCACGUUUUACUUAAGUAGCCCGGAUUCUGCCGUGAGCACUCAGUGGACACAUUUCAGUCCCGCUGCACCUAAAGAUCCAUCCGAUCCCGCAUUCACAUGGCCAAAUACUGCUGACAUCACAGAUACAAGCUCCACCCCUUCCUCCCAACCAAAGUCACAGUCUAGUCCCGCAGUGCCACCUAAGAUCAACACGCGUUCACCCAGACUCGGUACCUCUAGUCUCUCGUUAGUACCUUUACCCGAACUUAGUUUCCGUGCGGUUCUGCCUCCGAAAGAGAUCACCUGUGUCUCCUCCCAGGGAGAUGCCCAACUGGAUCGGAAACCAAAGUCCCUCAGCAGCAGGAGUCUGGAGGGUCGUAUCGAUGAGGUAGACGAGGAGGUUGAGCCUGAAGAAAGGACGUCUCGGAGAACAGAGUCUGGCGGUAGAUUGGGCGACUCCUUCAAUGGCCCUGCUGUUUGGGAGCGUCGCUCAAGAGAAUGGAGCCCUGCGGAGAUGAGCGAGGGCAGGACGACACCAGGCACUGAUAACAACAAAAGCUCUAGUCAGACACAGACUGGCAUCCCAGCGGAGGAUCCCAGAGCCAACGAGACUGCGCUGACCCCAAUCGUGUCAACAUCGUCUUCUCUCGUCCUCUCCAACGAGCUCAAUGCUGAAAGAUCCACCGGUCGAGAUUCUGUGCCUCCUCCACCUCCUCCAAAAAAACACCACCGGUUGUGUAAUCGUUUGAGUGGCAGUAAUAUGGACGUGGAGCGUCUCAGUCAGCCGGGUUCAGUGGAGAAUCUGAGUGAAUCACUGCGAGCUCUUAACUGCUGUACUAAUACAUCUACAGACAGUCUACAUGUGCUGACAGACACAGACUCCACCCUUCGUUCUUGCUCCUCCCCUUUUUCCAGCAGCCCAUUGGCCUCUGCUCCGGCAUCACCACAGCCUGACGUGUUUCACUGUAACCGUCUCAUUCAUCAGCUCCAGCCUCCUCCAUUACCACAGAAGAAGCUGGUGAACCGUACAGCCUCGGCUCCCAGCCAAUCCGGAGUCAAACCGCUGGUGCGCGCCAGGCCACGCCUCCCGUUCGGCGGCUCGGAAACUAACGUGAGUGACCCGGAUGCCGACGGCCGCCCGUCCGGUCCCCUGCGCUCAUCCGACGAGUCUCCGGAGCGUCGGCCGCCCCUGCGCUCUCGGACCCUGGACGAUCCUCAGUUCAGAGGUCAGGGACGACUGGGGAUUCACGGUCGAGGGAGUGUCGCAUCCAGCUCGUCGCCACAGCUCAACUCGCUGCUGACGCAGGCGUCCGGCGUGACCCCGGUUACAGGGUCGACCCUGCAGCUUCAGACGCUACUCAGUAACAUGGACGGCCGAGAGGGGAUCUACUCCAAACUGGGCGGCCUGUACGCGGAGUCGCUGCGGCGUCUGGCGUUAAAGUGCGAGGAACAUUUCACCAGCAGUCAGAGGAAUCCGCUCCGAUUUGACGAGAGUAACUGGUCCCUGUUUAAACUGACCUGUAACAAACCCAGCUGUCUGUCUGGAGACGCCGUUUACUACUCAGCCUCCUGCGCUUCAGACCCUCGUAACACAUAUGCUGUGAAGAUCUGUAAAGGUCAGACGUCUGACAGUAGACAGGCUCAUCUCUACGGUCUGUCCGUUCAGCAGAACAUCCCUCCUCACUUCAAUCUGCAGCAGGAAUGCGGACAUUUCAUCGCAUGCGUGCCACAGAGCAUGUUACCCAGCGAGCGAAGUCCGUCAGGGAGCCCGGGGCCGAGCGAGCAGGAGCGGGUGGUGGUGAUCACGCGGGAGGUUCCCCAUCAGAGCGCUGCCGAUUUCGUCAAAGAGUGGGAAUCUUUCCACCGGGCGCAGCCGGAGGUUUACGAGCGCCGAGUUUGUUUCUUGCUGUUGCAGUUGUGCACGGGGUUGGAGCACGUCAAAGCGCACGGCGUCACCCACCGAGACCUCUGCCUCGAAAAUCUGCUCCUGGUGCAACACCGGCGCUCCGCAGACGGUUCACUGCCAGACCCGCAGCAGCAGUGCCUGCCGCGGCUCCUCAUCGGCGGUUUCGCUAAAGCCAAGCAGCGCAGCUCGGACGACGUCGCGGUCCGCUCCGACCCUCGACUCAAACGGGACCAAGCCCGUCUGGCGCCCGAGAUCGUCUCUGCCGCCCAGUACAGGAAAUUCGACGAGUUUCAGACCGGCAUUCUGAUAUACGAGCUGUUGCAUCAGCGCAACCCGUUCGAGGUGACGCCGGCGCUGCGACAGCAGGAAUACAAAUGCGAAGAUUUACCGUCCGUCCCGGGCGCCUCCAUUUACUCGGGUGGGCUUCAGAGACUCGCUCAUCUGCUGCUGGAGCCCGACCCCGGCAGACGGAUCCACGUCCAGGACGCCAAACGUGUCCUGCAGAGCUUGUUGUGGGGUCCGCGUCGAGAUCUGUUGGAGCAGCCGUGGCUGUACGGAGGAGGAUCGCAGCGCGCAGUCGAUCAGCCCAGACACGAGGCCCUGUUAAACUGGCUGGACGUGAAGCGAGCGCUCCUCAUGAUGAAAUUUGCUGAACGAUCGCUGGAGCCCGAGCGUAACGCCGAGCUGGAGGACUGGCUGUGCUGUCAGUAUUUCUCUACGGCCAACCCAAAAUCACUGUGUCAAACGGCCGAACUGCUGUACAAUCUCAAGUUCUUGCACUAAAGUGCGUCUGCGUGUGUGUGUGAAUGUUACGAACAACAAAAACAAAGAAAACCCUGCCGGUAAACGCAUGAUGUCCGUUACCACAUGAACCUUAAAUUAUACUUAUUAGAGAAGUUGUCUGGAUCAAUAAACUGUCUGACCUGAAUGCUCAAGCGUGUGUUCAGAGGAUGAAAACAAACAAAGGAUUUGCAGAAUUCAUUCAAAACUUUGAGACUUUACAGAUCAGUAUGAGAAGUGAUGGUGUUUGAUUUAAUGUUUGUGUCUUUAUCACUGUAAGAGAGUUUGUUUUUACAUUCCACUGUUUGAUUUGUUGAGAUGUCAACAAGUGAAUUUCAUCUCCGUGUUUUUUCUUUCUGGGUGAAUCUCAUGAAGAUAAGUUCAGUUCAGAUUUUACCUAAAAAUCUGAUAAACCUAUCUAUAUAGGCAAACAUAUAAAUAAACAUUUACCAAAACUUCUCAUUAAGAGAAUUCAAUUGUAAAUGACGUGUUUAUUUAUGUCACAAUGCUCAAAGUCUUCUUAAAAAGGUUAAUUCUGAUUUGUUCUCAUGAUGUUUUUUGAUUAAAUCUGAUCUGGACUGUUUUUGGUGAGAUUGCUUCAGUAGCAGUUCCAGUAUUUGAUGUUUGUGUUGUAAUACUGUACAGAUAUCAGCACUGUGAUGACAGCGUCUGUUUUCUCUUAACUUAUAUUCAUCACUAACUGCUUGUGCUGUAUUCACGUGAAACCACCGUCCUCAGGGCAUCUGUGACCGUUUGAAGAGGUGCUUGAUCAAAUCUGACCUUUCAUCUUCAUCUCAUAGAUUUGAGCUUCUGCAGCUGAUGUGUGUGUGUGUGUGUGUUGUGUGUCUCUGGUGUGUGUGUGUGUUGUGUGUCUCUGGUGUGUGUGUGUGUGUGUGUGUGUGUGUGUGUGUGUGUGUGUGUGUGUGUGUGUGUGUGUGUGUGUGUGUGUGUGUGUGUGUGUGUGUGUGUGUGUGUGUGUGUGUUGUGUGUCUCUGGUGUGUGUCUCUGGUGUGUGUCUCUGGUGUGUGUGUUGUGUGUCUCUGGUGUGUGUGUGUGUG